AUGAAGGAAGAUGCAUUCCCAGAGCACACGCUUGGGGAGAGCUUGGAAGACCUCAGCCUGGACUUGGAGGCCCUUAAGGGCAGCGAGUAUCUGAAGGACCUGAGCUUCGGGCUUCCCCUCCCUGGCCAGCCGGAGGGGGAGGAAUGGGACAAGCCAGAGAGAAGACCGCGGUCUCUGUCAGUGCCCGUGAGCUCCUCAGAGCUCAGGAUCCAGGAAAGGUUUCCAGCUCUGGAGGUCCUGACCCCGGAAGUUCAAGGCCUGGAGCCCCCGUUGCUGGAGUGUGUGGAGAAAGACCACGUGGAGCCCGACCAUGUGCUGAUGGUCCAGCAGGUACUGCAAGAAUUACGACAGUUCCACGGCGUCCGGCAGAGGGCCCACUUGUCAACCAGUCCCGGAGGGGCCCACUCCAACCUCACCUGGUUUGAGUUCCUGUCCGAGACGGAUGAUGGUGCUGGCAAGGCCGAGAGGAUCCCCCGGGGUGUCGGGGUGAAACGCAGGCUGAGCUGCCUCCGCAGCCGAGUCACCAGGCAGAAGGAGAAGGUGAAGAGCCCGGGAGUGCCCAAGGACAAGGGCCAGGACAUCAGGGAGAGGAGAGAAAGUGCCGGCCAGUCCUCCCCGAGCACCGACCGCGCGGACGCCGCCUGCGGCUCCGGCUUCAGCCGCAAGCCCCGACCUUGA